CCUCCUCCUCCUCCUCCUCCUUCCCGACAGCGGCGGCGGCGAUGAGGAGGAGCGCGGGGGGGGGCGGCGGCGGGACGGCCGGUUGUUCGCGCCGCUGAAGGGACACGAAGCAGCGCCGCGCCGAGGCGGGGGCGGGGGGCCCCGAGUCGCUGCCCCCCCCGCAGCCCCGCCGGGGAGUUUCUUCCACAUCCCCCCCAAACACACCGAGACCCUCCCCCCGUCCCUCGGGGGCGGCCCCGCGGAGCGCCGCUCCCUCCUCCUCCUCCCCCUUUAUUACCCUUUGUGUGCGUCUCCGCCUUCCUCCCUGCGCCCGGGGGCCCUGAGAUCCUUGUUGACGAUGGUGGUCGCUGGAGGCAGCACUGUUGAAGAUUAUCUCAUUUACAGACAAGAUCUCUGAAAUCUGUUUCCUUCAGACAGCAAAGGAAGAAGAGGCUUUAUCGCAACAAAACGGGCAAAAACCACAAAGACUUGAAGAAACAGCACUUCUCUAAUUCUUCCCAAAAGUUCCGAGACCCACCAAAUCCUGGGGGAUUACACCCACCAGUCUUCCUGAUUUCAGCAGAUGUGAGUGGGGUGCAGGAGUUCCUCAGAUGAGGGGUGGAGGGAGGCAAGGAGCCGGCCCCAAUGGACAUAGCCCAUCAUCGAGAGCACAACAGGAGACUGUCUAAAGCAAAGCUCAAAGUGCAGCAGGAAUUUUAAAAAGCCUAAAAGAUCCCCAAGAUAACUUGAAGCAAGACCAUGAGAAGCAAUGUAGCUUGGAGUGAACAAGAUGAACAGAGCCACCUUCAAUCUAAUGCUUAAUGAGGAAAAAGGCUGUUUGAUUGGAGCCAAGGAGUCAGGAAAGAAGCUCAAGAAGACAACUUGGAUCAUGAACAGAAGAUAAAAAGAAAACAAAAAGAAUGUGGCAUAUAAAGGGUGUAAUACCUGGAGGUAUUGGAUCUGACUCAUAUUUAUAAAAAUGAGACGAGCUUUCACAAAAUACAAGUUAUCUUAGACAGUCAUCAAGCUUGGAGCCAUCAUGCUGUUGAACUAGAAAUUCUCCUUUUCCCCAUUCUCCUUUCUGACAGAUAACAAAGGAUUGGUGAAUUAUGAAUUUCCCAAGUUGGAAGCACUAAUUUUUAUCUAUAUAGUUCAUCCUUAUGAAUAUAUAAGGAGUUAAACAUUGCAUAUUUAAUGUGGAUUAUAAUGGGAAAGUGACUCAUUAACCAAAAUGGCCACUUUUAAGGACUUGGUUUCAAACUGAGCUGGAGCCUCCCAAUGCACUUUGUAGGAUUUGGGGAAAGCUGUGCUGCAGGGCCUGCUUUGGGAGGCCAGGAUGACAUGUAGUAAAAGGAUAUCACCUUACUGUUGAUAUCUUUGAAGACUCAUAACCAGAAACAGGAAAAUGAAUGGUGGGAAGGAGUGUGACGGAGGGGACACGGAUGGAGGGCCACCAGCAGUGCAAGUUCCCGUUGGUUGGCAGCGGAGGGUGGACCAAAGUGGAGUUCUCUACAUCAGUCCCAGUGGGUCUUUAUUAUCCUGCUUGGAGCAGGUGAAGACUUACUUGCUGACUGAUGGAACGUGCAAGUGUGGCCUAGAAUGUCCUCUUGUUCUUCCCAAGGUCUUUAAUUUUGAUCCUGGAGCUGCUGUGAAGCAGAGAACUGCUGAAGAUGUUAAAGCGGACGAAGAUGUCACCAAACUAUGCAUUCACAAAAGGAAAAUCAUUGCUGUGGCUACACUUCAUAAAAGCAUGGAAGCACCACAUCCUUCACUGGUUCUAACUAGUCCUGGUGGUGGAACAAGUGCAACGCCGGUAGUUCCCACUCGAGCAGCAACUCCAAGGUCGAUGAGGAAUAAAUCACAUGAAGGAAUUACAAAUUCUGUGAUGCCGGAAUGUAAGACUCCUUUCAAGUUGAUGAUGGGGGCAUCUAAUGCCAUGGGUAGGCUUUAUGUGCAAGAAAUGGCUGGAAGCCAGCAAGCAGAGCUCCAUCCUGCCUAUCCCAGGCAGAGAUUGGGGAGCAAUGAACUGGGGCAGAAGUCUCCGUACCGCGGCAGUCACGGGGGGAUGCCCAGCCCGGCGUCAUCGGGGUCGCAGAUCUACGGGGACGGCUCCAUCUCUCCCAGGACUGACCCGCUCGGAAGCCCCGAUGUCUUCACAAGGAACAAUCCCAGUUUUCAUGGAGCACCCAACUCCAGUCCUAUCCACAUGACCAGGACGCCUCUGUCCCCGCCGUCAGUCAUGCUCCACGGCUCUCCCAUACAGUCAUCCUGUGCAAUGGCUGGAAGGACUAAUAUACCUCUGUCCCCCACCCUGACCACCAAGAGCCCAGUAAUGAAAAAACCCCUGUGUAACUUUUCAGCUGGUAUGGAAAUACCACGAGCAAUGUUCCACCAUAAACCCCCCCAAGGCCCACCCCCACCCCCUCCACCACCUUCUUGUGCUCUUCAGAAAAAGCCAUUAACAUCCGAGAAGGAUCCUCUUGGCAUACUGGACCCAAUUCCCAGCAAACCGGUGAACCAGAACCCCGUGAUCAUGAACCCCACCACUUUCCACUCGAGUGUCCACUCUCAGGUACCCGUGAUGAAUGUAAGCAUGCCCCCCGCCGUGGUGCCCCUGCCCAGCAACCUGCCCCUGCCCACCGUCAAACCCGCCCACAUGAACCAUGGCAGUCACGUCCAAAGGGUUCAGCACUCGGCUUCAACGUCCCUGUCCCCGUCGCCGGUGACGUCCCCCGUUCACAUGAUGGCAUCCGGCAUCGGAAGGAUCGAGGCUUCUCCCCAAAGAUCGCGUUCUUCUUCCACCUCGUCCGAUCACGGAAACUUCCUGCUGCCUCCAGUAGGGCCACAGUCAUCCUGUAGUGGUAUCAAAGUCCCUCCCAGGUCCCCGAGGUCAACCAUAGGGUCACCGAGGCCGUCUAUGCCAUCCAGCCCUUCCACCAAGCACGAUGGACUUAAUCAAUACAAGGACAUCCCUAACCCAUUAAUUGCUGGAAUGAGUAAUGUAUUAAAUCCUCCAAACAAUGCAGUUUUUCCCGCUGCAUCGGCUGGAAGCGGUUCCUUGAAGAGUCAGCCUGGUUUGCUGGGAAUGCCUUUAAAUCAGAUCUUGAACCAGCACAACGCUGCCUCUUUUCCAGCAAGCAGUUUACUCUCAGCAGCAGCCAAAGCACAGCUAGCAAAUCAAAAUAAACUUGCUGGUAACAACAAUAACAGCAGUAGCAAUUCUGGACCUGUUGCCAGCGGCGGCAGCACCGAAGGACACAGCACUUUAAAUCCCAUGUUCCCUCCUGCUGCCAACGUGCUCCUCCCCACCACGGAAGGGCAGAGUGGCCGGGCAGCACUGAGAGAUAAAUUGAUGUCUCAGCAAAAGGAUCCUCUGAGGAAAAGGAAGCAGCCGACCACCACGGUGCUGAGCUUGCUGAGACAGUCUCAGUUGGACAGCUCUGGGGUUUCCAAAGCUGGCUCUGAUUUGAUAAGAAAGCCAAGUCAAAGCUCCUUCCCCAUCAGCUCCAUGUCGCAGCUCCUGCAGUCCAUGAGUUGUCAGAGCUCCCACGGGAGCAGCAAUAGUUCCUCGGGCUGCGGGAGCUCCAGCAGCGCCCUGCCCUGCCCCGGCACCCAGCUGCACCUGGCAGAGCCUGCGCUGGGCUCGGGCGGCCUGGCGGCCCCGCUGGCCCCGGGGCUGCCCCUGCGCGGGGAGGGGCUGCCCUGCCCCAGCACCAACCCCGGCUUCGGCCCCGCCGCCGGCCCGGCCCCCUCCAACCACCUGGCGGGGCUCCUCAACCAGAUGCAGGCCAGCGGGAGCUGCGGGAUGCUCCCCCAGCCAGGAAUGGCCUUAGGAAACUCCUUACAUCCCAACCCACCUCAGGCCAGACUCCAGGCACCCUCCACUCCAGUGAUCCCAAACAGCAUUGGGAGCAGCUGUAAUCAAACGAGUCCUGAAGCAGGGGGCUCGGGACCGUCGUCAUCGAUAGCCAUCGCUGGCACCAGCCAAGCUGCCAUCACCAAGACCACAUCUGUGCUCCAGGAUGGUGUCAUUGUCACCACUGCAGCUGGGACCCCUCUGCAGCAGUGCCAGCUGCCCAUGGGGGGUGAGUUCCCCUUCGCUGGCCACGAACACUCGCUCCACUUCCCGCAGAACAGCUCUUCAAACAACAAUCUGCCACAUCCUCUGAAUCAGAACCUCCUCAAUUCCCUGCCUCUCUCUCUGCCGGUGAAUCAGCAACAUCUCCUAAACCAGAAUCUCUUAAAUAUCCUCCAGCCUUCAGCAGGAGAAGGCAAGUCUGAGGUCAACCUCAACCCUUUAGGUUUUCUGAACCCGAAUGUCAAUGCUGCUUUAGCGUUCCUCUCCGGUGACAUGGACGGGCAGGUUCUGCAGCCCGUGCACUUCCAGCUGCUGGCAGCGCUGCUCCAGAACCAGGCCCAGGCAGCUGCCAUGCUCCCCGUGCCAUCCUUCAACGUGACCAUCUCCGACCUGCUGCAGCAGCAGAACCCCCCCGUGCCCUCGGUCACGCAGCUGCCGGCCCCCCCCGAGCCCCUGCCCGACAGCAGCAGGGUGGAGAGCCUCCUGUCCAACCCCAUUCCCAGCUUUCCGGGCGCCGACCCCGCUUCCAACCCCCUGCUCCUCCCCGCCGCCUCCGGGGCCUCGGCGCUCAUGGCCCUGAACCCCCAGCUGGUGGGGGGUGUCCUGAGCUCCGGCAGCCAUCCCGAGGUGUCCAUAGCCACCUCCUCCCAGGCCACCACCACCACCACCACCACGUCCUCGGCGGUGGCAGCGCUGUCGGUGUCGGCCCUGGGCGGGGGCACGGCCGUGGUGUCCAUGGCAGAGACCCUGCUGAACAUCUCCAGUGGCGCCGGGAGCGCGCCGGCGGCGCCGCCUAAGCUCAACAGUAACUCUGCGGUGCCACAGCUCCUUAACCCUCUGCUGGGGACAGGCCUGCUCGGGGAGAUGUCAUCUCUGAACACUACUCUGAACAACCAUCAGCUCAGCCAUCUCCAGUCGCUCCUCAACAACAAUCAGAUGUUUCCUUCAAAUCAGCAGCAGCAGCAGCAGCAGCAGCAGCAGCAGCAGCACCUUCUCCAGGGCUACCAGAACGUGCAGGGCUUUCAAGGCCAGCCCCAAAUUCCUGGCCCAGCCAACAACCCAAACCCCAUGGCGUGUCUGUUCCAGAAUUUCCAGGUGAGGAUGCAGGAAGACGCCGCUGUCCUAAACAAAAGAAUGAUCAACCAGAUGGGAAUGGCGCCAGUUCCUGAGAGCUCCAACACUCUCCUUCCUCCCUUCCAGGAGCCCCCCUGUGAUCUGCAGCAGAGACCUGACCCAUCCCUGGCCCAGCAGGCCAAGGAGAACCCCAACGCCGCCGCGGCCGCGGGCGACGCCUCGGUGGACGCCAUCUACAAGGCGGUGGUGGACGCUGCCAGCAAGGGGGUGCCGGUGGUCAUCACCACCGCCGGCUCCAGCUCCGCGCAGCCGAGCCCCAUCCCCGCCCUGAGUGCCAUGAGUGCCUUCACAGCCUCCAUCGGGGACCCCCUGAACCUCUCCAGCGCCGUCAGCGCCGUCAUCCACAGCCGCAGCGCCGCUGCCGAGCACGAGGGGCGCGCGCGGAACGCCCGGGGCACGCGGGUCCUGAAGAACUCGGAGCACGGCAAGAGUUCCAGUGAAGGGGAUGGGUACGAGUAUUACAAAUCAGCCACUUGUAACACGCCCAAAAAGCAGUGGGAAGGGGAGCAGAGCCCCGUGGGGGAGAUAAACAGGUGGAAAUGUGAGGAGUUCCUGGAGCACUCCGCCCAUGUCCACAGCAGCCCGUGCCACGAGAGGCCCAACAACAUCUCCACGCUGCCGCUGCUGCAGGGGGAGCAGCACCAGGCCCUGCUGGCACAGCGGAACUGUCAGAGCGAGAAAAUGCUGGAGGAGAAUUUCAGGUAUAACAGUUACAAAAGAACUAUGAUGAGUUUCAAGGAAAGACUGGAGAACACUGUGGAACGAUGUGCACACAUCAACGGGAACCGCCCGCAGCAGAACAGGGGCUUCGGAGAGUUGCUCAACACUUCCAAACAAGACCUGAUCCUGGAAGAGCAAUCUCCCAGUUCCUCCAAUAGCUUGGAAAGUUCCUUAGUGAAAGACUACAUCCAUUACAAUGGAGAUUUUAAUGCCAAAAGCAUUAACGGGUGUGUGCCCAGCCCCUCGGAUGCUAAGAGCAUCAGCAGCGAGGAGGACCUGCGGAACCCCGACUCCCCCUCGUCCCACGAGCUCAUCCACUACAGGCCGAGGACGUUUAAUGUGGGCGACUUGGUCUGGGGCCAGAUCAAAGGACUGACUGCCUGGCCUGGCAAACUUGGCAGAGAAGAAGAGGUUCACAAUUCAUGUCAACAGAACGCUGAGGAGGGGAAGGUGGAGCCGGAGAAGCUGAAGACACUAACGGAGGGGCUGGAGGCGUUCAGCCGCGCCAGGAAAAGGAACAGGAAAAGUGGAAAGCUAAAUAACCAUUUAGAAGCUGCUAUACACGAGGCCAUGAGUGAACUAGACAAAAUGUCUGGGAAUGUCCACCAAAUCCCGCAGGGAGACAGACAAGUGAAGCCUCCAAAACUCAAGAGGAGGAAGAUCUCUAGAUAACAUUGAAUGUCUUUGUUACUGGUCCAGUACUUAUCACAGUGAACGUGCACAUGAGUCUAUCUGUAGGUAUUGAUACAGACGUGGGUCUAUCAAUAUUUCUGUGGAGACAGCUCGCUGCCAUCGCAGGGCACCACGAGGAGCAGUGGUACCAGAUUUUGGGUGAUUAGGAGGGAUAGAGGUUGCUGGAUAAGCCAAUCAGAAAUCUUGAAAGGUUGCAGUAACAAUGUCAGAUGAUUACUGAAAUUUUUUUCUAUAAUACUAAAAAUUGUGAUUAUAAGAAAUAGUCCAAAUGUUUCUGAGAAAUUUUCAUUGUGUAUAUAGAUAAUACAGAAUUUCAUGGUGAUAUCUGAACUGUAAAUAUUGUACAAUAUUGUCAUGUACAAGCGUACCUAAUGCACACUUUAUCUUUUAUUGUACAAAAAAUAGUGUACAAAAUUCUUUGGUUUCUAUUGAGUACACAUACAAGAGACUACCAGUGUAAAGUGAUAAAUAAAAAUACAGCCUAAAUGCUUUUAUAUGAUAAUGUAAAAGAUGCUGUUUUUGUAUUUAACAGCAGAGAGAAGGCAUGAUUAUGUAAUACCUUAAUUAUGACAUCCACUUCACGCCACUGAGUGUUCAUUGCUAUGUCUGUUUGGAAUGAACCGUGCCUGGAAGUGCUGUACUCCAGUUCAGGCCUCUUAGGAGAGCGCAACCUCGCAGAUUCCCAACGGGAUGUGGGAUCACAGCUCUAAUUAAGAAUUCAAAGGCUGCAACCCUCGGUUGCGUUUUUAUUUACUUAGCUUUGAACGUAGAAUGCUGUAGAUUUGAUUAAAAAGGAAAAGAAAAAAGAGUAGAAGGACUAUUUUAGUCAACCAUUUCUGUAGGAAAAGUUUCAUAGCCACCUGAGGAACUAAAGAGUCGAUACCCCCGUAACGUUGAGCCCCUCCAACCACCCCCUAGAUUAAUUAGCUCCAAUUAUCUAACGUCAUUAACAUGGUGUUUCCUCGGAAGGGGGGCAGAGGCCCUGCUUUCAGGAGUGAUCAGGAUCGAUUGCUAUUGAUUACCUUUGGUUUGGCCGUAGGAUGAAAGGGCAGUGCUCCGCAGCGUCCGGGAAAAGUAAUCCCGGGAUCCAUCUCACAGUAUUAAAACAGAAAAAAAGUUAAGGGUGGCUUACAAAACUAUUAGCAACAGUAAUUUUUAUCAGUAUUAUGUAACAUAUCAGAUUUAUUUUAUUUAAAAAGAAUUAUUUAUACCAUUAACAGAUUCUUAUAUAUAUUAAUGUGGCUGAAAUGCGCAGGUUAAAUCUAUUAACCAAAUUAUUUAUGUUAUAUUAAGUGAGAAAUGUGAAACAUAUGUAGAAAAAAAAAAUUAAUACACUACAGAUUUAAAAGUCUAAAGCUAUGAGCCAUUAUAAAAUUAACGAACGGAAGUGUAGCACAACAUUCUUUCCAUUUGAUUUCAUUUUUCUUUGUAACACGGACGGUGGCGAUGGUGACGGAAGCCGUGGCAUCUCUGUCUCCGAGGCUUCCCGAAAUAACUCUCAGUUCACUAUUCCCAGUCCCGGAGUGGAGCUUUACCUCCCACCCCUCGGUCCGGGACCACCGCUUACCUCAGACUUCCUUUUCCCCCAUCCCGCCUGUCGCUCUCUAGCUAAGGACUGGCAGUGAUCAGCACCCCGGGCAGGGGCGGCCCCGCCGCUCUCCAGCCCCGGCUCCCGAGGAUCCCAGCUCCCUUCCUCGUGCCCGAGUCCCGCUCUCGUGUGCAAGGACGAGGCCCAGGACGGCGGGAGCCGGCGUUUGCCAGCCGGGCUUCGUGCCCGGGCACGCAGCUACCUCUGGGCUCCCCGGGGCUCGCUCCCUCUCCGGCCGGGCGGGAUGCCCUGGCAGGGCCUGGCACGGAGCCCUCCUUCCAGGGGCAGGUUCAUUUGUCUUCUCCGUCCUCCACGCAGCCCCGAGCCGUGCCCAGCCCGGCAGCUUCCCGGAGCUGUUCCCGGGGGCCGCCGGCUCCCGUUUUUCCGUUGCGCGUGGCCGUGUCGCUGGUGGCCCUUGGCUCUUCCCGAUCCCGAUCCGUGUGCGCGUGGGCGAGCGCUGGAGCCCUCCUCCCUCGGGAUUUCCUUUGCUUCUCCCCCUGCUUCGUGUCCCAGAGCUGAGUUUGUGUCUCCUUUGGCCCUUAGGUUUGUGCUCCCUCCCCGCUGUUUUACUUUACAUCCCUAAGAUUAUGUAAAGUACUCUCGUGCACUUGAUUUCCUUGGUUAAUAAUGGCAUUGAUGUGGGUGCUAGGAGUAGUUUGUUUCAGUCCAUACCAAUUUUUUUUUUUUUCUCUCUUUUAGAGUUUUUAUGGUUUCAUGUAAGCAGUUAAUGUAAAUAUUGUGAGCAUUACAGGUCAUGCAGUGUUGUAACAUUUUAAGAAAUGUUGCACCGACUUUACGAUUAAAAAACUGGUCACUCAUACUUGAAUUUUGCCCAUAGAGCCAUUUCUUUCUCUUUGCAUUAAAGCAUAAUCUACUUUUUUGAUGGAGGCCCAACCCUUCUUUCUACCUUAUUAUUUUUUGUUUAAUAAAUCUCUAUUUUUUCUAAUAGAAGACUUAAAAAGGAAAAUUAAAAAAAAAAAAAAAGUACUUUUUGCCUACUUUCUAAUUUAAGAGAGAAUUCCUAUAUUUAAAAGGUGGAAAAAAAAAAACAAAAACAAAAAAAAAAAAUACUCCAUUGUGGAAAGUGGAACACCACUAGAUUUGUCAUUACCAUGGCACAAUCACCCGAAAGUGGCUGAGUACAGCGAGCCCACGACGCCGAUCAGGACCUCGGUAGAUUUAGGGAACGCCGUGAUUCCUUGAGGAUGUAAAGUGUUGCAUAUUCUUGUCUAUUUAUUUAUUUAUUUAUUAUGCUUUCUUUUGCUUAAGUGGGUGACAAUGUGGUUGAGUCAUUCAGAUGACAUUCAAAUUAAAGGAAAUAUUCCUCUUUCUAUUAUGGUGCAUUUUGUGAACACCAUAAACGAAACGAAACAAAAAUAUUUUCAUUUCUUUCGGUGGAUUUUCUUCAUAUUUUUAACUUCUGGCUGGUAUCAGCUGCAAAAAAAAUAAUAUCCACAUAGUUUAAAAAUAAGAAAAAAAAGAAAAAAAAAAAAACCCACCCCACCUCUGAUGUCCCAGGUCUGUUAUCCUCACAGUCUAAGGUUUUAGGGGUUAAAAGGAACUUCAAAUUCCAAGGUCUUUCCAAAAUCAUCUUUGCAGAAGGUUUAUAAGUCAUGUGAAAUCCUUUUGGAGUCCCUGAGUUUGAUGGUCUAGAGAUAUUAGAGGGCUCGUGGUGGACUGAAUUACCUUAGGACUGAAUUACCUUUCUUAGCUACAGUUUGUAUUUUGCUAUGUAGGGUUGUAAUGUGAGAAUUCCAGAAGAGCCGUAGCAUAAAAGUGCUUUUCUAUUUUUUAAAAAAACCCAUUCUAGUCUUACUAAGAAUUAGAGAAUUUUUUUAAUAUCAGUUUUGUAAUUUUUGAUAAAGUUGUCAAUAUUAUGAUUAAAUCACCAGAAAAAACA